AUGCAGAAGGCAGUACCACAGCUUCGGAUAUCGUCAUCAACAACAGUCACCCCCAUACCGCUGCCUUCAUGGCUAAAGAUAUCGUACAUCGUCAUCGGCGACCCUUUGUUCGACGGAUUUAUUCCCGAUGCGAUCGAACCAGACGAAGCAAUCCAAUCUGGAGACAGGAUAAUUGAUCAUAGUGGCGUAAUACGGGGGAGCGGCACCGUUGGAGCAUUCAUACGAUCCGGCAACGACCUUUACACACUGACUGCUGGCCACAUCGUGAACGACGCAGCAGGAACGACAUUCGAGAUCGAAUACCGGGUCACAGAAACGAAGAUCCGCGCCGACCAUCUGAAGUUGCGGCAUCCUGACCGCCAUGACCCCUGGACCCGAGAGGUUAAAAUCCUCCGGGUCAGGACAGAAGAUCGAGACCGAGUCGAACCUUAUCUAAAGCGCGUCAACAUUCACAAAUACAGUAAACAAGGAGAAGCGAAACACUUCGACAUGGAGAACGAUAGCGCACGAGGUUGGGCUAUGGUCGGAGUUGUGCAAGCAAGGUCAGUACUCUACGUAUAUAAGGAGGGCCGCACGACCCGCAAGCCAUUUGGGGUUCCUAGUGGUGUACUGGACUGCGUAUCAUAA